AUGAAGGAGAAAACAAUCAAGCGGGAGUUUGAAGUGAAGGAGGAGGACGUCGUCAAUGACGAUGCAUAUAUCAGUGGCACUUACCACCUGGGUGGAAACGGUUUGAAAGAGAAUGUGUUGAAGGGUAUUUCAGAUGAAGAAGUCUACAAAUUGCAAUUCGAUUGCAUAGAUGAGGCUGAAACAUUUUACAACAUGUUAGCAAAAGUAGCCGGAUUUAGUAUUCGAAAAAAUGAUUUGAAGCGAGACAAGAAUGGAGAUAUAAUAUCUCGAAAGUGGGUGUGUUUUAGAGAAGGACAGCGAGCGACAAAGUUUAUUGAAAAUGACAAGCGACAACAUGAGCCACAAUCAUUGACUAGAGUUGGAUGUGAAGCUUCAUUUCGUGUAGGCUUGAAUAGGAAAGAUGGAAAGUGGAUUGUAAAGGAAUUUAUAGGAGAUCAUAAUCAUAAUUUGGUCGAUCCUAUUAGCAGAAAAUUCCUUCGCUCUCAUCCAACAGUAAGUAAUCCAGAUAAGGCAUAA